GUAGGUUCAGUAUGCCCCCAGACGCCUGAAGGAGCGGACGCGUCGCGCUCCGCACUUGCACAUCCGACUCGCAUACGAAAUGUGUGACAAUAAGUGUUGCUUCCUCUUUGUUAACUAAAAUUUUGACGUGUUUAUAGACAGAUCCUGUUAUUGUAUCUAGGACUCUAUCUUAUUGGAUUAUUGUUGUUGUGAAAACUAGCUUCGAUACUUUCAUUUCGCGUAAAUAAUGUGCCGCAUCACUCAUAAGAAACAAGAGUACCGAUGAGGCUGGAAGCCAGUGGUGGUGAUCGACGUCGGAGACGGGUGCCGUGAGGUCAGCCCCAGGAGCGUUCGCCGUCGCCGUGAUGAGCACAACCCGCCAGAAUGCGUCGGCGGCCAUUUUAAACCGGAAACGAACGCGUUUGUCGGCUCGAGAUGGCCGUCACCCCCGGCGUCCGCGCACCCAGCCGCCCCGCGUACGCGCGCUCGCCUACGCCGCCUCAGCACUAUGAAAUGUGGAAACACGGCAAGUGGCGACAAAAAACGUCACCACCAAGGACUAACGCAGCCGUUAGGGUGCCCAGAUAGAGACUAGAGUGUAUCUUUAGAGGCCUAAGUGUUACUGUUCUGUGUAAAUAUAGUGGUUAAAUAUGGCGUGCGACAAUCGGAGCGCUCGUGUGCCCUUGUUGGAGAGCGGCGAGUACUCGCACGCGCACAAGCCGCCGGCGCCAGCGCCGCGCUGCUGCUUCUGGCUCGCCAGCCACGUCAACGUGAGGAAGUGCGUCGCCGGCGUCAUGUUGCUAUCCGUCCUCACCAUCUUCUUCUAUACGUACUACGUCACCGUACCCUUCACAAGCCUGGUGUGGCGAGAUCGAGUGCCGCGGCCAUUGUCACAGUGUUCGCUACUAGCUUCUCAACAGCAAACGGCGCGUGAUCACCGGUCUGACGCGCGCCUGCGCAUUGAUGCCAAGGUGCUCGUCAUCGUCGAGUCUGCGUACUCGCGACUCGGCCGGGACAUCGCUGAGCUGCUUGUCGCCAACCGUAUACGGUACAAAGUGGAAGUCGCCGGCAAGAGUUUGCCUGUACUGACCACUUUGGACAAGGGGCGCUAUGGUGUCAUCGUGUUCGAAUCGUUGUCCAAAUACGCGAACAUGGACAAGUGGAACCGCGAACUACUGGACAAAUACUGCCGAGAAUACUCCGUGGGGGUGGUCGGCUUCGCAACACCUGGGGAAGAGACGUUAGUUGGAGCCCAGUUGAAAGGGUUCCCGUUGUUCAUGCACACCAAUCUCAGAUUGAAGGAUGCAACACUCAACCCCGCGUCGCCGGUGCUGCGACUGUCCCGAGCUGGGGAGACUGCCUGGGGCGCUCUACCAGGAGACCACUGGACCGUCUUCCGUGCCAACAGCUCCACAUACGAGCCCGUCGCUUGGGCGUUGCGGCAGAACGAAUAUGGAACCAGUGAAGAACGAGUACCUCUGGCAACAGUGAUACAAGACCACGGGCGCUUGGAUGGCGUCCACCGAGUCUUGUUCGGGUCUGGCCUGCAGUUCUGGUUACACCGGUUGUUGUUCCUUGACGCCUUGAGCUACCUCAGCCACGGCCAGCUUAGCUUGAACCUCGAGAGGUGGAUCCUUGUGGAUAUCGACGACAUAUUCGUCGGCGAGAGAGGUACUCGCCUCCACGAGGAGGACGUGGCAGCUUUACUGGCUUCGCAAACGGCACUCCAACGGCUGGUGCCAGGCUUCAAGUUCAACCUCGGAUACAGUGCCAAGUAUUACCACCACGGCACUGUACUGGAAAACUUAGGCGACGACGCGCUCUUAAGGAACAGGGAACAUUUUACUUGGUUUUGCCACAUGUGGAACCACCAGCAACCCCACCUAUACAACAACGUCUCCCAGCUCGAGGCUGAGAUGAUGUUGAACAAGCAGUUCGCGUUGGAGCAUGGUAUACCGACCAACUCGAGCUACUCCGUGUCCCCGCACCACUCCGGAGUGUACCCGGUCCACGAGCCGCUGUAUGAGGCCUGGAGGAAGGUCUGGGAUGUCAAGGUCACUAGCACCGAGGAGUACCCGCAUUUGAGGCCGGCCAGGCUACGUCGAGGGUUCCGCCACCGCGGCGUGAUGGUGCUCCCGCGACAGACCUGCGGACUCUUCACGCACACGCUACUGCUGGAGCGGUAUCCAGGAGGCAGACAGCGGCUUGACCGCUCCAUCCAGGGUGGCGAACUGUUCCAGACUGUCAUCAACAACCCGAUCAACGUGUUUAUGACACAUAUGUCGAACUAUGGCAACGACCGUCUGGCGUUGUACACGUUCGAGUCGGUGGUGAAGUUCCUGCGGUGCUGGACCAACGUGCGGCUCGCGUCCGCGCCGCCGCUCGCGCUCGCCGACAAGUACUUCCAGCUGAGGCCUGACGAACUCAACCCGCUGUGGGGGAAUCCGUGUGACGACAUCCGCCACCGCCGUAUCUGGUCGAAGAGCAAGUGGUGCGGCACUCUACCGAAGAUGUUGGUGAUAGGCCCGCAAAAGACAGGCAGUACAGCCCUGUACACCUUCCUCGCCAUGCACCCGGCGUUGGCCCCCAACCUGCCCAGCCCAGCCACAUAUGAAGAGCUCCAGUUCUUCAACAACAACAACUACUUGAAAGGAUUAGACUGGUACCUAAACUUCUUCCCACCGAGUCUGAGCAACACGUCUCAGCUGACGUUUGAGAAGUCGGCCACAUACUUCGACGGAGACCUGGUGCCGCGACGUGCGCACGCCCUGCUGCCCAACGCGAAGAUCAUUGCUAUACUGAUAUCUCCUUCCAAACGGGCGUACUCGUGGUACCAGCACAUCCGGUCGCACGGGGACCCGGUGGCGAACAACUACACGUUCCAUACCGUCAUCACGGCUAAUGACUCCGUGCCCAAGCCGCUCAGAGACCUCAGGAACCGCUGCCUGAACCCGGGCAAGUACAGCCACUACCUGGAGCGGUGGCUGGCGGAGUACAGCAGUCAUCAGCUGCACAUCAUUGACGGGUCACUGCUGCGCUCCGAGCCGGCGUCUGUCAUGAACUCGCUACAGAAGUUCUUGAAGAUCACGCCACACGUUGACUUCAAUAAGCUGCUCAAAUACGACGCCAAAAAGGGCUUCUUUUGCCAAGCGGUAAGUAAUGACAGGACGAAAUGCCUGGGCAAGUCAAAGGGUCGGAUAUACCCUCCCAUGGAGGAGCGAUCAGCUAAGUUCCUGAAGAGGUACUACACGACUCAUAACACUGCGUUGUCGAAGCUGCUGGUGCGGCUCGGCCGGCCCGUGCCGCAGUGGCUCAAGGACGACCUCUCGUCCAACGGAUAGCACAUCCCACAACCUCACAGGUUGCAGCCGUUUCCGCAUGGACUCCUGCGAGUCUGUGUCGUCACCAUGCCUUGACUGACUUUGACUUAGUUGCUUCAAGGUCCGAUGAUACUCUACUGUCCAACAGUUAUAAACUCAGGACGAAGGUUAGACACAAUUGUUUUUCCAAGUGUUUCGAUGUGAGAAUAUCCUUGUUGAAAAUGUAUUUGUCUAUCGAUUCUUGUAAUAUAAUGUUUAAAGAGUGAUAUUACAUUUCUUAAUGUUCUCGAUCGGUUCAGUUGAGGUGGAAAUGUUUUCAGUUUCCACUUUUGGUGUUAAGUGUAGUCGAUGGUUCGGUCCCAGUGGAGCAGUUACACUUCAUGCUUGCCUGAAUCGUGUUAUUCCUUAGUUGUAUUAUAAUUGUGCAGAGAGUGUCCGAUGGCGACGAUAUUCGGCCGUCGGUUUAGGUGCUAUUUGUUAGUAUUGUGUAUGGCAUUGUUAGUAGAUUCACUACCGAUUUAUAUUUUGAAAUUAUAUUAAUUAUAACGUGAAGUUGUUUUGCGACAUAUAUUAUAAGUAGUUAAUAUCAAAUCAGAUACAAUGCAAGCGGCUAAGCAAUUUUUAUAUUUUUGUUUUUGUGUAAAAGCUUUUAAAUGUCUCAUUCCAUGAUUGUACACAUAUAUUAGUAAAAGUACCUGAAUCAAUUCGUAUGUUUACAGUUUAUUUUGUAAUCUCGUAACGUAUAUAAGAACAAACUGUUUUUUUACAAAUUCUUGUCUUUCGGUGCCAUAAUGAACGUAUAUCAACGAACGGCACUAACACUGUUUUUGUGUAUUCAAUGAAAAGUGCAUAUUUUGACAAUAGGAUACACCUAGUCCUUUUACGUUAAGUCCCCUAACGAACAAUAUUUCAAAAUUGGUACAUAUAACUUUAUUGUUAUCAUUUUUCAAUAGCAAAGUUACCGUUCUCUUAGCCGUAAGUACUUUCCUUAAUGCAUUUAUAUUAAAGAUUAUGGCUAUUUUUCAAAUGAAAUAUCAAUCUCGGACGAAAUAAAUGAAUGGAUCAUAGAUGUAUCGGGCAUAUAUUUUGAUAUGUGUGAAUUUAUUGGAGAGGUAACUUUGUAAGCGGAGAAAUCGUUUGUAAGGAUCGGUAGGGCGUUUUACUAUUUGUUGUAAUAGAUGUCGUACUUAAAACAUGUAAAUUCUUUUCUAAUGAAAUGAAACAUAGAUAGAAAGUACAGAAAAUUAUAUUACGAAAUUCAUAUUUGAAUAUAGAUUAAAAUAUUAAUGUUUUCAUAGUAAAUAUAAAUUUACGAUAUUUUUUUUUGGUCUAUUAUAUAUUUUAGUUUAGCUUUCUAAACUUAAAAAAUUAUGUCUACACUUCCAAAAUUCUUAAUUAAUGUGGAAUUGUGUGUUACGUAGAAUAUGGCCUUACAAUGUUUAGAAGCAAACUUUAAAAUUGUUUUGAUGUCAUUAUAAUGGUGUUGCAAGUUUGUGGACAUUUUAUUGUAGGCGGGUCAUAUCCGGAGUCAGUCGCGCCAGGCGCUGGUUGUGUUUCCUUGGCAAUAAUGUUACUUUCACUCAUUGAUUUGACUCAUAACCAUAGAUACAAGUCAUGUCAUUACUAUUUCAUUUAAAAAAUAAUAUUUUAUGUAUAAAUAUUUUAAUGAUACAGCAAAUGACUGCUCUUAAAAAUGUGUUCUUUAUAAGAAAUUAAUACAUCACUUAUUUUAUUAAAUGAUUUGAAACGAA